AAAGGAAAAACAUUAGAAAGUACUGUAGGGUUUUUCUGCAAAAAAAGUGAAGGGUGUUCAAUGCACGCGGAUUUUAUUUUUUCUCUUCCUUUGUUAGAAAUUUUGCAUUUUCACACUUAUUUAUUACAAAAUGCUAAAUGUGUUGUAAUGAGAUAAUUUAAACACAAACAUCAUCGAUAGGAGUAAUUCAUUUUAGUAAGUGUCGCUGAAAAAUAGGAUAGCAGGUUGAGCUUAUUUUCUGCAAUAACGUAAAACCUGCUUGGUAUUUAUUUAAUCUGUUUCAUAUGCAGCUCUCAUUAAAGAAUGGCUAUUAUCAAAGAGUAUUAUACAUUUCCGGACAGACUUUCGUAGGAAAACAGCAUUUAAGAGAAAUAAUGCGGUAUAUGUCUUAUAUUUUUACAGACAUGAAAUAAAUAUGAGGUAAUUUGAUUUAGGUUGGGUUCGAAAGUAUUGAUAACACAAUAAGUGACGUGAGAAAUCAAUUUUUUAAUCAUUUCAAAUGGAAACGAGUGGCUCUGGUGUAUCCUCUACUGAACAUUGCUUCAUAUCAGGAAUACAUUGCUUCCCUUGAAAGUAACGGUGUUGAAAUUGCUACAUAUUUUUAUGAUCCCACCAACUUAUUCGACGCUAGUGUUCACAAAGAAAUGAUAAAAGAUAUCCAGGAGAAAGAUAUUCGCAUCGUUUUGUUACCAAGACUAACUUAUGCAUUCUCCCAGGUUUUCUUUUGUGAGGUUUUUAGGCAAGGAUUGCUUUCGCCAAAGUACCAGUUCGUUACAGAAACUUGGAUCCGAUUCAGUGAAGAACAGUAUUUUUCACCGAACAACACACGCACGGCCCGUUUCAUUCAAUCUGUUUGCGCACCGUUUAACCGUUUUGGCUAUUGGAACGCGUCUCGUAAUCUGUUUAGAUUUACUUACUCCACGUUAAGAAUAGACAACAUCCUACCGACGGCUAACAAGGCAACAAAGGAAGUCUGGGAGGAAAUAGUACAAUAUGGACUUCAGAAACGCGAGGAAUUCUACUACAAAGAACCUAGAAGAUCCACUUUAGCGCAAUUUUUGGAACAUCCAUUUUCGGAUGAUUCUCCUCGAGUGUUUGAUGAGGUUUACCAAGUAGCCAUUGGGUUCCACAAUCUUUUCGAAAAAUACAAGACUGAAGAUAUUUUGGUAUCCAGUAAAUACGAAAAAGACCGUGCCAAAAGAAUUCAAGACGCAAUUAAUAAUGCAGAGUUUGAGGGAAUUACGUUGUCAAAAUGUACCUAUCAUCCCGAAAAUCUGUUCCAUUUUGAAAUGCACUUCUUCAGAGUGAUAGAUUCCUGGUCCUACUGCUCAACCAAAUCGGAGAUAUUUAUCGUAUUAGUCAGCUUUCCCAAUCCGUGCUACUCAUACGCUAAGCUCGCAAUACAUACGCUAAGCCAGUGUCGAAACCAAAACAACAAUUACCGGUCCAUUUGGAACAGUCAAACGGACACAAUUCGGUUAUGUCCGUCAAGUCAAUCUCAAUACUUAGUGGGUAAAAUUACGUCUGUGCAUAUAUCUUCGCUGUAUACUUCUCUUAACAAGAAUCAGGGCUGUCACGUCUGCCAAAAAUGUUUGGAAUUGGAUUAA